UUAUUUUAUCUAUCUAUAUGUUAUGUAUAUGGAUAUGUUUUGGUUGAACAUCUGAAACGGACGAUGUAAUAGAAGCUAAGCUUUAGGACAAUGGUAGUAAAAGAUACGCCAAAUACAGCAGGGACAGACUAUUUCUAAGAGGCGCCAUGAAAGCAACUCUGCUAUGUAACUCCAUUAUUAUCUCUCCAACUCCGCUCUCCACAUCUUCUUCCUCACGCUUUUCCCCCCUUAUCAUCAAGCCCAACCGUUUCUCCUCUCGAUCUCUUCUUACCGGGCCCGUCGAAGGUGAAACUACAGAAGAGACAACUCCGAACUCUGUUAGCCGUCGACUCAUUCUGCUUCGCCACGCGGAGAGCUCGUGGGACGAUCGUACAUUACGAGAUCAUGAACGCCCUUUAAGUAAAGCUGGACGGGUUGAUGCUAUUAGUGUUUCUCGCAAGCUCCAACAGUUGGGUUGGAUUCCUGAACUUAUUUUAUCGAGUGAUGCUGCUCGAACAAGAGAGACACUUAAAAUUAUGCAAGAACAAGUACAAGGCUUUUUAGAAGCCGAGGUGCAUUUAUUUUCGAGCUUCUAUUCCAUUGCAGCAAUGGAUGGGCAGACUGCUGAGCACAUUCAAAAAGCUGUCUGUGAAUAUUCAAGGGAUGAAAUACUAACAGUGAUGUGCAUGGGACAUAACAGGGGCUGGGAAGAGGCUGCCUCAAUGUUAUCCGGUGCUUUGGUAGAAUUGAAGACAUGCAAUGCUGCUUUGCUUGAAGCUACUGGGAAGUCUUGGAAUGAGGCAUUUUCUCUGGCGGGUCUUGGUGGAUGGAAGCUACAUGGCAUAGUGAAACCCAAUGCGAGUAUAUAGGAUUUGAGUACAUUUUUGAGUAGCCGAAGUCGCCCUUUAAUCUGUCCACUUCAUGGUUCCUUCUUUUUUGUUUCAAACUUUCGAUGCCUGUUACUGCAUAAUUCAUGUUAAUACACUGUCUUAUUUGUCUC